CUUCUUUGCCUCAACUUCCCUCGUCCAAUGCUAAGCCAAAGCCCAAACCCUAAGCUAGUCUUGCUAGAUAACCAUAGCCCUCUUCUAAGUCCCAUGUCUCUUUCUCCUUAACAACUCUCUUCUCCCCUCUGCUAUAUUAAACACCAAAAAAUAUUUUGAAUACACAAAAAAUCUAGCGCAUUUGCGAAGCAAGUUUAGGUAACUGAUAGCUACCUUAAACUCCAAUCAUUUCCUUCCUUUUACAGCAUAUCUCUAAUUGGGUUCUUGCAAUUCUACUCACUUCUUCUUUGAGUGAUUGCCUCACGAAAUAACCAACCAAAGCUUCCUUACCCUGAAGAAAGAAACUAAACUAAUCUAGGGAGUUAGCUGGCUUGGGGUGGUUCUGGUUCUGCUUUCUGAAAUACAAUGCAGCUUCAAAUAUCUCCAAGUCUGAGGCAUGUAACGCUGCUUCCAGGGAAAGGAGUUAGAGAAUUUAUCAAAGUGAAGGUCGGAGGUAAAAGGGUUUCUUAUCGAAUGCUGUUUUAUUCUCUUCUCUUCUUCACUUUUCUUUUUCGCUUCGUCUUCGUCUUGUCCACUGUCGACACCAUUGAUGGAGAAUCCAAGUGCUCUACUCUUGGCUGCUUGGGGAACAGUCUAGGACCAAGGAUACUAGGAAGAAGGCUUGACUCAGUCCCAGAAGUGAUAUACCAAGUACUAAAAGAACCCCUUGGCCAAGAUGCUUUAAAAGGAAGAAAUGAUAUUCCCCAAACGAUGGAGGAGUUUAUGGCGGAAGUCAAGGACAGCAAAUUAGAUGCCAAAGAUUUUGCCCUCAAGCUCAGGGAAAUGGUCACUCUGCUUGAACAAAGGACUAGAACAGCCAAAAUCCAAGAAUAUUUAUAUCGGCAUGUAGCAUCAAGCAGCAUACCAAAACAGCUGCACUGCCUUGCUCUUAGGCUGGCCAAUGAGCACUCCACCAAUGCAGCCGCCCGCCUUCAGCUCCCAACGCCCGAACUUGUCCCUGCCCUUGUCGACAACUCUUACUUCCACUUUGUACUCGCCUCAGACAACGUUCUUGCCGCCUCUGUUGUCGCAACUUCGCUUGUUCAAAAUGCAUUACGGCCCCAAAAAUUUGUACUGCACAUAAUAACCGAUAGGAAAACUUAUUCACCUAUGCAAGCCUGGUUCUCCUUGCACCCUUUAUCGCCUGCAAUAAUUGAGGUGAAGGCAUUACAUCAUUUCGACUGGUUUACAAAGGGUAAAGUCCCAGUUCUUGAAGCAAUGGAGAAAGAUCAAAGGGUAAGGUCACAGUUCAGAGGAGGUUCUUCAGCAAUUGUUGCAAAUAAUACUGAAAAACCUGUUGUUAUCGCUGCUAAGCUACAAGCACUUAGUCCUAAGUACAAUUCAGUGAUGAAUCACAUCCGAAUUAAUCUUCCGGAGUUGUUCCCAAGUCUAAACAAGGUGGUGUUUCUUGACGAUGAUAUAGUAGUGCAAACUGAUCUUUCGCCUCUUUGGGACGUUGACAUGAAUGGAAAGGUCAAUGGGGCUGUAGAAACCUGCACAGGAGAAGAUAAAUUCGUCAUGUCGAAGCGGUUCAAGAGCUAUUUGAACUUCUCUCAUCCUUUGAUUGCUAAUAAUUUUGAUCCCAAUGAGUGUGCCUGGGCAUAUGGUAUGAACAUUUUCGAUUUAGAAGCUUGGAGGAAGACCAACAUAAGCCUCACAUACCAUUACUGGCUUGAAGAGAACUUGAAAUCAGACCUCAGCUUGUGGCAGCUAGGAACAUUACCGCCAGGGCUAAUAGCAUUCCAUGGUCAUGUCCACGUUAUCGAUCCUUUCUGGCAUAUGCUGGGUCUAGGAUACCAAGAUAAUACAAGUGUAGGUGAUGCUGAGAGUGCUGGUGUCAUCCAUUUCAAUGGCAGAGCAAAGCCAUGGCUAGAUAUAGCAUUCCCCGAGCUCCGGCCAUUGUGGGCUAAGUACAUCAACUUCUCUGAUAAGUUCAUCAAGGGCUGUCAUAUUAGGGCAUCUUAACAUGAAUUUUGAGAGGUGACCACAUUAAUGAUAAAAAUAUGUCUAUAUAUGAGGGGGGAAAGCAAAAAAGAGAAAGGAGAGGAGAGUUCUUCACAAAUUCAAAGGCCUUGUUAACAGAAUGUAAAAAUAUAACACAAACUCUGGCAUUUGUUUUUUCGUUC